AUGAGUUCUCCCCUCGCCUUGGAGUUGUCUGAGUUGGCCGCACAGCGCCCGGGUUUCCGGCACUCAGCGCCCCACUACCUCGCCUUACCCGGGGCUGCUGCCCACGCCCGCGCCGAGGGUGGCACCAGCCGCGCCGGGUUGCUGAGGCUCCUAAGCUCCUGUCCCGGCCCCAUUUCGGGGCAAAGGAGGGUUGUCCCCCACGGAGACGCACAGUCGCGGUCUUCUCUCCGAUUCAGCGUGUCCAUGGCGUCUCAUCAGCAAACCCGAAUCCAGGCUUACCUAGAGAAGAACAAGAUCGGUCCUCUGUUUGAGGAAUUAAUGACCAAGCUAAUAACUGAGACACCUGACCAGCCAAUCCCAUUUCUUAUUGACCAUCUUCAGUCUAAACAAGGAAAUCGUGGACAACUGCAAAGAACUUUGUCUGGAUCUGCAGCUCUCUGGGCAGAAAGUGAAACAUCAGAAUCUAAAGGAACAAGAAGGGAUUUCAGAAGCUAUGAUAAACCUUGGCAAUUAAAUGCAAAGAAGCCUAAAAAAUCAAAAAGUGACCUUGCUGUGUCUAAUAUUUCCCCCCCAUCACCAGACUCCAAAUCAUUGCCAAGGGCAGUAGAGCAUCCUAAGUGGAACUGGCGGACUAAACCAGGAAGCCGGGAUUUUGAUGAAUUGAACCACAUCCUUCAAGAGAGCAAGAAGCUCGGGAAAGCCCUUGAGAAUCUCUCCCGAAGUAUUGCAAUUUCAGAUGAACUUGAUAAGGAAACAGUGGCUUUCAAUUCUUCUCUUCUGAGGCCCCGAGUGUUUGGAGAAUGGAUUGGUAGAGAAGAAAACGAUGCUGAUCCACUAGCUGCUGAAAUGCUGCAGCCCCCAGUUCCAAGAAGUAAAAAUGACCAAUGGGAAAGCGAAGACAGUGGCUCUAGCCCUGCAGGAAGCUUGAAGAUGGAGCCCAAGACUAAAGGAUUAAAACAGCAGCAACAGCAGCAUAAGAAACUUCUGGCAGCCAUGUUUUCUCAGGUUUCCUUUGAGUCCAUCCACAGCCCUACCCCAUCUGUAACAGAAGAAGACAUUGACAASGAAGAUGAUGCAAUGGAGUUGCUGGAGGAUCUUGAUGAUUUAAGAAUGGAGGGAGUAACAACCCUGGUACAUUCUGGGAGCAAAUUUAACCAAGGCCGACCUACUCAUCCUGCUGAGCCCCAGGCCAAGGUCACACUGAAUAUCUGUUCAAGGUGUGCCAGGCUUCAAGGAGACAAUCUGGCUGAAAGGACUGAAGAGACGUUACAAUUGCUUCAUUCUCCAGAUGAAAUAAUCCCAGAUUCAUUGGAUUCUUUACCUGGGACUGAAGAAGCACUGGUGGAGGAGGGUGAAGAAUUUGAGAAAGCAUCUAAAUUAACAGGACCUGGAGAAGUCUCCAGUGGUGGACACCCACUGAAAAACUAUCCGGAAGAAGAUGAAUCUUUAAAGCAACUACAGGUACUUCAUCAACCAUGGCUCUUGCCAAGUGACACAGAGAGUGAAGGCGUCGAGGCAGAACAAGACAAACGUUCUGCUGAUCUUCUUUGUGUUCCAUGCUCUUCUUGUCCUACCCUGGUCUACUCUGGUAUGUCUGUGAAACAAGCAGAAGAAGUUACAAGUGGUCCUUAA